AUGAGGACCCUCAUCAGGACAUCAACUCCGUGCCGCACCAGUCGACGUCAUUUUAUCACACUCCCAAAACUCCCACAACUCCCGAACCUGCUCAAACCACUCUCCAGUUCCCGACACUACAAGGACCGUACGCUACUCAAGUACUCGCAACAAGAGUUUUACGACCUCGUCGCUAAUGUCGAUGACUACUACAAGUUUUUGCCCUGGUGCACAUACUCCAAAAUGUCUGCGCCCUUGUCUCUCGGAUCUGGAUCUGGAUCGGAGAGCACCGGAUCGGAGGAGAGAAGGAAGAAGGCUUCGGAUGCUCUGGUAGGGGUGGUCAAGGGAGGAAGUGAGGUGACAGUCCGACAUGGAGAGCUGGGAAUCGGAUUCAACUCACUUCAGGAACGAUAUGUCUCGACGGUGACCUGUCAGGAGCCUUGGGUGGUGCGUGCGGUCUCGUAUGACUCGAAACUGUUCAAGGAGUUGUCGACCACCUGGAGGUUUACGCCCAAUGUUCCCAAGACCUCGACGCUCGAGGCUACGAUGGAUCAGGAAGUUCAGGAAUCGCAGUUGUUAACCCGGCCGGCCGCUGAUGAUGAUAGCGAGAAGGAGUCUGUAGCUGCUGUAUCGGCAGAGGGGCAGGAGACAGAGACGGAAAGGGCGUCGCAGCAGCCAUCACCUCCUACAACAACGACAACAACAACAACAACAGCACCAGCAGCGACAAUUGCGACGCCAAAGGUACAGGAGCAACCAAGACACCACUUUACUGCCGCUGCGGUCUUUGGCGAGGCAGCCUUGCCACGUCCAAGGACGAUACCAUCAACUUCACCCUCGAAGUUGUCACCAUCGCCAUCUUCGCCAAGUCCCUCUACAGUGCCAUCGACAAGUAUACCCAUCGGAGCGCAGUCAACAUCAACCAAGGAGUCGUCGGCAACUUCUGGUCAAGCACCAGCACAUACACCAUCUCCAAAGCAAGUCAUUCUCCAAAGGACGGCCUCACCCUCAAACCUGGCGACCAUGAAGCCGAGCGACUACCCCUUGGUCUGGGUCGAUUUCGAGAUCGAGUUUGAGUUUGCGUCACCUGUCCACGCGUCCAUGUCCUCGCUGUUCUUUGACCAGGUCUCCAAGGAGAUGUUGGCGGCUUUCGUCAAGCGCGCUGAAGUCCUCUACGGAAAGCGGUGA